AGCGCAGGACCCCGCACCUCCGGCGCCCGCGGCCGCCGCCAAUGCGGCCCCGACACUUUUAGCUGGUCGGGAGGGCCGGAGAGCCGGUCCGAUUAGAGCAGAGAGCCAGCCCCGCCAAGAGCUGCACCGACCCGCCGCGAACAGGGACAGACGCCCGCCCGCCAUGGAUCUAUUCGACUUUUUCAGGGACUGGGACUUGGAGCAGCAGUGUCACUAUGAACAAGACCGUAGCGCCCUUAAAAAACGGGAAUGGGAGCGGAGAAAUCAAGAAGUCCAGCAAGAAGAUGAUCUCUUUUCUUCAGGAUUUGAUCUUUUUGGGGAGCCCUACAAGACAAACAAAGGUGAUGCUCUUGCCAACCGAGUCCAGAACACGCUGGGAAACUAUGAUGAAAUGAAGGAUUUGCUAAUUAACCAUUCUAAUCAGAAUCAUCUAGUGGGAAUCCCAAAGAAUUCUGUGCCCCAGACUCCCAUCAACAAAAAUGAACCGAGCUUUUUUCCAGAGCAAAAGAACCGAAUGAUCCCACCUCACCAGGAUAACACUCACCCCUCGGCAACAAUGCCUCCACCUUCUGUUGUGAUACUGAAUUCAACUCUGAUACACAGCAACCGGAAAUCAAAACCUGAUUGGCCACGUGACAGUCAUAACGCUAGCAUUGUACCAGCCAGCCAGGCCAGUAGUCAGCCAAAUAAGAUGCAGCCGUUGGCACAGGACCAGCCCCAAGCCCGACUGGAAGACUUCUUUGUCUACCCAGCUGAACAGCCUCAAGCUGGAGCCGUCCAAGGGUCAAACCCCUCCGCAAAGGAAGACAGUAGUCUCAAGUCCAGCGGAGGGGAUACAUUCAAAGAAAUCUUUCCGUCUAACUUACCAGAAGAAUCUGAAUUUACGGUGCAGGCGCCUGGGUCCCCUCUAGUUGCCUCCUCCUUGUUGGCUCCCAGCAGUGGCCUGUCGGUUCCAAAUUUCCCACCUGGGCUUCACUGCAAAACAAGCAUGGGACAGCAAAAACCAACCGCGUAUGUCAGACCCAUGGACGGCCAGGACCAGGCACCAGACAUCUCCCCCACACUGAAACCCUCGAUUGAAUUUGAGAACAGCUUUGGGAAUCUGUCAUUUGGAUCCCUCUUGGAUGGAAAACCCAGUGCAGCCAGUUCAAAGACUAAACUGCCAAAGUUCACGAUUCUCCAAACAAGUGAAGUAAGCCUGGCCAGUGAUCCAUGUAGUGUUGAAGAAAUCUUACGGGAGAUGACCCAUCCCUGGCCUACUGCUCUCACUGCCAUGCAUACUCCUGGAAACUCUGAGCAGAAUACAUUUUCCAUCCCCGGACAGGAAUCCCAACAUCUGACUGCAGGAUUCACCUUACAGAAGUGGAGCGACCCAACCAGCAGGGCUUCCACAAAGAUGCUUGAGGAUGACCUGAAGCUGAGCAGUGAUGAAGAUGACCUUGAACCUGUGAAGACGUUGACCAUUCAGUGCACUGCCACUGAACUUUACCAGGCUGUUGAAAAGGCAAAACCUAAGAAUAACCCUGUGAACCCACUCUUGGCCACACCUCAGCCCCCACCCGCAGUGCAAGCCAGCGGGGGACCCGGCAGCUCCAGUGACUCAGAGAGCAGCUCGGAAUCAGACUCAGACACGGAAAGCAGCACCACUGACAGCGAAUCCAAUGAGGCGCCUCGCGUGUCCACGCCAGAGCCUGAGCCACCCUCAACCAACAAGUGGCAGUUGGAUAAAUGGCUUAACAAAGUGACAUCCCAGAACAAAUCGUUUAUUUGUGGCCAAAAUGAAACACCCAUGGAGACGAUUUCUGUGCCUCCUCCUGUCAUCCAACCAACGGAAGUUCAGGUAAAAGUGAAGACAACCCCCAGCCAAGUUCAGGCUGAACCCAAAGAGAGACCUCUCCUCAGUCUCAUCAGGGAGAAAGCCCGUCCACGGCCCACCCAGAAAAUUCCAGAAACAAAGGCUUUGAAACAUAAGUUGUCAACAACUCUUGAGACAGCUUCUCAAAGGACCAUUGGGAAAAAACAGCCCAAAAAGUUUGAGAAGACCACCAGCGUUGAUGAGUUUACCUGGCCCAAACCAAAUAUUACCAGCAGCACUCCCAAAGAAAAAGAAAGCGUGGAGCUUCCUGACCCACCGAGAAGCCGCAACAAAGCCACCGCCCACAAACCAGUCCCUAGGAAAGAACCAAGGCCUAGCAUCCCUUUGGCUGCCGAGAAGAAGAAGUACAGAGGGCCUGGCAAAAUUGUGCCAAAGUCCCGGGAAUUCAUUGAAACGGACUCGUCCACGUCUGAUUCCAACACGGAUCAGGAAGAAACCCUGCAGAUCAAAGCCCUGCCUCCUUCCAUUGCUCCUGGGGGCAAUUUUGUCAAAUCCAAGGAAACCUGUGGUGCCAACCUGACCCUCAGCACCACAGUCCCCAGCGGCGGCAACAACUUAUCCAUCACUAAUGAGGAACCAACGUUUUCACCCAUCCCUGUCAUGCAAACUGAGCAUGUGUACCCUCUACAAGAGCAUGAGAAUAUGAAAAAUCUCUGGGUGAAGAUUGACCUUGACCUACUAUCUAGAGUACCUGGCCACAACUCACCCCAAGCAGCACCAGCCAAGUCAGAACACAAGGAGACGGCUUCAAAACCUAAGCGUCAGACUGCUGCUGCAGCUGCGGAAAAACCCGCCCGAAAGGGCAAGCGUAAGCACAAGCCAACAGAAUUUGCAGAGAAAAUCCCUGAGAAGAGGCAACGCCUGGAGGAGGCCACCGCUAUGUGCCUGCUCCCCCCUUGCAUCUCACCAGUUCCACCCCACAAGCCUCCCAACAUUAAAGAAAAUAAUUCAUCCAGGAGAGCAAACAGAAGAAAAGAAGAAAAGCUGUUCCCUCCUCCUCUUUCCCCACUGCCAGAGGACCCUCCACGCCGCAGACACAUCAGUGGCAAUAAUGGUCCCUUCAGUCAAGAGAGAAACAUCCCUGUGAUUGGACAGACCACCUCUGCCAAACCUAAGAGGAGUGAAGGCAAAUUCUGUGCUACUUUCAAAGGGAUACCUGUAAAUGAGGGAGAGCCUCCAAAAAAGGCAGCCUCUGCCACCAUCACUGUCACCAACACUGCUGUUGCCACUGUCACUGCUACUGCCAUGGUCACCGCCACUGUCACAGCCACUGCCACUGCUACUGCCACGGCUACUACCACAACCACUACCACUACCAUUUCCACCAUCACCUCUACCAUCACUACUGGCCUCAUGGAUAGCGGUCACCUGGAAAUGACGUCCUGGGCAUCCCUGCCCCUUCUGUCCAGCAGCACCACCAAUGUCCGGAGACCUAAACUCACUUUUGAUGACUCGGUUCACAAUGCUGAUUAUUACAUGCAAGAGGCUAAGAAGCUGAAGCACAAAGCUGAUGCACUGUUUGAAAAAUUUGGCAAAGCUGUGAAUUAUGCCGAUGCAGCCCUGUCCUUCACCGAAUGUGGCAAUGCGAUGGAGCGCGACCCUCUGGAAGCGAAGUCUCCAUAUACCAUGUACUCCGAGACUGUGGAGCUCCUCAGGUAUGCAAUGAGGCUGAAGAACUUUGCAAGCCCCUUGGCUUCGGAGGGGGACAAAAAGCUGGCAGUUCUAUGCUACCGAUGUUUAUCACUUCUCUACUUGCGGAUGUUUAAGCUGAAGAAGGACCAUGCUAUGAAGUACUCCAGAUCACUGAUGGAAUAUUUUAAGCAAAAUGCUUCAAAAGUCGCUCACAUACCAUCUCCAUGGGUAGGCAAUGGAAAGAAUACUCCAUCUCCAGUGUGUCUCAACAACGUGUCUCCCAUCAACGCAAUGGGGAACUGUAACAAUGGCCCAGUCACCAUCCCCCAGCGCAUACACCACAUGGCUGCCAGCCACGUCAAUAUCACUAGCAAUGUAUUACGGGGCUACGAACACUGGGACAUGGCCGACAAACUGACAAGAGAGAACAAAGAAUUCUUUGGCGAUCUGGACACGUUGAUGGGGCCCCUGACCCAGCACAGCAGCAUGACCAACCUUGUCCGCUACGUUCGCCAGGGACUGUGUUGGCUGCGCAUCGAUGCCCAUUUGUUGUAGUGGGUGCUCCCCCAUCUCCAGCAUUACCAUCCAUCACUCUACCUCUACCAGAGCACCAAUGGUCACUGGUGGAAUUCCACUCAUUUGGGAAAGUUCUCUUGGAUUAUGUUUGUUUUUAUACUUCUUUUGAUAUCUGUGAAAAACAGAAAUCAUUAUAAGUGGACACUACAACUUGAGAACAGUAUAUGUUUUAUUACUUAGUCAUUUUUUAGUAUUUUAUAUGCAUUUCUUAGAUCCCGCCAUCCUUUAGUGCUUGACGGAACGACAGUAUUGUGUUAAGUCCUUACAGUAUUGUUUUAAGUUCACACAACCCAAAACAAAGAAUGGAACGCACUUGUGUUAAUAACAGGUUUCUGAGAAAUGAAACCACAUCUAUAUAAGGGGCCCUCAAAGAUUCAAAUUUUCAGCAAUAGUCAUUCCCCAAACUGUACUCUUAUGUCCAGAAGAGAACGUAUUUCAGAAUCUGUUGUUAAACUUUUGUGGUUCCCAGGGAUUCAAUCUUCAGGUGAGGAUUUUCAUGGUCAAAAGCCACUGGUUAGAUGUUGUAGCAACAUCAUUAAAUCAAGAGUAUUAAGGAAAUAAAUGAACAUAGCAAUGCCACUCUUAAAAUGAUACUGCUGCACACAACCAGUGGAUUUUUUUAGCAUCCCUUCCAUGAGUCCCUAUUUUUUAAAUUUUAAUGAUGACAAGUGGCAACAUUUACUUCCACAACUUUAAGGCAUCAACUGGCAUAAAUAUUUUUGAACUCCAUGAUUUGAAGCAUAAAUCCUCUCCUGGAAUUAUCUUUGUGUCAAACUCUCCUUUUGGGGGGCAGUUUAUUGGGUACAUGCCCUAGCAGCCAAAAUACUACACUCCAGUUUUAGAGAUGAGAGAUAGGAGGUCUGGAAAAUGUCCAAGAAAUUCACACCUCUGCCUCUUUUGCAGUUGGUAGGCGUGUCCCUAGUUGGUGGGAUUUUUUUAAAUCGUAUUUUGCUCAAGUCUCUGGAAACAAAAGUCAACUUAUCACUACCUAGAAGUAAUAACAUGCAGUUUGCUUCAUAGUGGCUUUAAAAUACAGACUUUCCCAAUUAUUAUCCCCGUUUUCUAUUUUACAAGGUUUCUUUUUUUCUUCUUUCUUUUAUAUUUCUUUUCCUUUUUGAGAGGGCUCAUUAGGUUUUGACUGAAAUGCACUCACUGAUUUUAUUCAAGCCUAUAUUAGUAUGAAUCAUUUCCAUUAAAAUUCCAAAGAAAAUUCCAAACUUUCUAAAUAGUAGCUAGCCUUUUAACAACAACAAAAGAGGUUUGGGGUGAUGUUUUACCCUAGGGUGCUUUGAAGGAGCCCUGAAGAUUGGGAACAGUUCACCUAAUUUGGACAUUUUCACAUCAGUUGCAACUAUCCCCACCUCUUGUGAUCCUCUGCAUUUAUUUUAUAUCCCUAAGCAUUACAAUGUAAAUAUCACCUUUGGUGUUUGAGCUCACGAGAAGAACCUCCCACAUGUAGUAAACACUAUCCAUACAUUAGUUCCUUAUAAUCACUUGCCGGUAUAUAAUUCCAUGUAGCCUUCAAUCUGCUGAGUUAUUGAAUUCUGUUCACUGAGUUAUGACCAGUUAAAUAAUAGAUGCACACAAAAGAUGCAAACUUGUAUGAUUUUUAAAGCAAAAAGUCAUGCAAGUCUAUGAUUGGAACAGCAAGGGAUCACUCUGCACUCAUUGUCAAGGUUAGAUAUACUCCCAGCUGCAAAAGAGCCAGACUUGAGCUCCGCUCUGGUCAUCUUUGAGUUUAAAGCCCUUUGUUGUAUAAUAAGGUUGUGGAAGUUUACUCCAAUGGCUGAGGCCAGAUUCUUCAAAUGACUGCUGGAAGUGUCCCAGCAGCUGAACCCAGCACUUUUUAUGCUCCCAAUGUGGUUGAGCUUUACCGUUCACAGUCUCAGCAACAACCCUCACACAUACAGACACACACACGCAGAUAAAUGAAACCUGAGAGAAUCUCUUCUGAGCCUCUUAAAUGAGGAAACUGAUUAUGUGAAUGAUUGAACACCCAAGGUGGGUGUCACAUAUAAAAAUUCAGCUGAUGGCUUUGCAGUGACUCAAGUUCUCUGUUUGUUUUUAAUAGCUUACCAGGUAGAGUGCCUAACUACUACUAUAUAAUGAAGCUGACUAGUUUGACAUAUAAGUUCAACCUAGACCACAAUCCUAGACCACCAUGGAUUUAGGAGCAGAUUCUUCUUGAAAUUAAAUCUCCAGAAACUAGACAUUAGAAUGCUAGGGGCAGUUUCCCAGGGAAACAGGCAUAUUGCCUCAAGGAUGAAAGACUUGUAGUUCUUGUUUCAAUGAGUCGUUACAUCUAUUUUACAUACAACAGGGAGGUAGUAGAGAAUCCUGCUGCCUGAUGUCACCUCUGGUGGCUGAGUGUAGUGUGUGCCAAAUCAGCAGCACGAUUAUCAAAUCUGACAGUCGAGCUCAGGAUCAUCACCAGAUUAUUUAGUAGACCCAUUUGUAAAGCAGCUUAGAAACCAAUUAAACAUGGAGGAUGAAAUGCCUUCCUGUCCCGGGAGAUGAGACAUCUUUCGGUUUCAUGAUUAAGGAUUGUGGCUGUUUUCUAGGCACUCUAUUCAUCACAUUGUAAAUGGUGAUGUGUGUCGUAGGUGUGCAGCUAUUUGAGGGAUUGAGAGUUUGUCAAGUAAAUCUCUUCAGUAUACCAGUUUGUGGGAGGGAUUCAAGACAUGUGGAUGGCAGUGAGAGACCCUGCCUUGAGACCUUGAUGGAGGCUUGGUGAGACACAUCUCAGUAAGCACAUGGAGGUAGGGUAAUGGGCAGAAAAUGAGCAGCUCCACCUGAGCAAGUACACAGAAGGAUCUCAGCCCUGCAACGUGACCCAGGUAGGGCCACUACUAUGCCUUCCUUUGUCACCCAAGCUCCAACCACAGAGAGUUUGACGAGUUUGUGUUAUGAUGUUGGCUUGGCUUUGUAAUUUUAAUUAACUUUGGAUUUUUUAGUGGUUUUGUCAUAUUACUGUCUGAGUUUGGUAGGUAGGAUUAAUUUGAAAAGAGUAUACUAGUGUGGUCCUCGGGGUAGAAUUAGCCAUAAGCAUGUUGUUAGCCAGCCUGUAGACUGUUAAUUACUUAAUAAUCUCAAUGGGAAAGUACUAGUAGUUUUAUAUUUGGAUGACAUAAUUGGAAAAGCAGAUUAGCUGCUGCUAACUUUUAAAAGACUUGAGGUUGGAAUGCCUUUUUUCCAUGUAAUGACAUGAAAAGAUUCAAACCUUCAGUCAAUAACCAAGUUGCUAAAUUAGAAAACAUUUCCUCAAAUGUGUUUUGUUGAGUUUCCAAAUGGAUGGAAUUUUGGACAUUACAUCAGUAAAUGCCAUUGGAAAGAUGCUUGUUCUAUGGUAUCUUUCCCAAAGCUAUCUAAUUCGGAUUUUGUUUUAUUCAAAUUUGCAUCCCAGAAGUUGAAGUUGAAAAGCAUUUUUGAAGGCAGAAUCGAUUUAGCUGUGAGGGCAAAGCCCUCACGUACCUCUCAACAGACAUGAUAAAAUUCACCUGCCUGAUUUGGCAGGUGAGAGAACCAAACUGGAUCACUGGGUAGGACUACUCAGUAAGGCGAUGAACUGCUUGCUUAGAGAAACACCACUCACUAUCCCCAUCGACAAAAAGUGUGGCGAGACGAUAGAGCUACACAAUAAUCAAACGAAUGGGUCCAUUCAGUGCCCUCGAAUUCAAUUCUGUGGGGAAAAAUUAUUGAGCCAGUCGUCACUGCUCUGGUACAUGACUGGCCGACUAAGUUCUUCUUUGUCGUCGUAGUCGUCGUCGUCGUCGUCGUCGUCGUCGUCGUUGUUGUUGUUUCUCAUUUCCACUCGCACAGCCUUAUUCUCAUAAUUAAACUCUGAUUCAUUUUCUCUUUGGUGUUAGGAAACUCCAGCGACAGAAAUGGCAUCUGUGUAUUGAUAAUCAGCAUUUACCCUGGCAGGAGGCUAAUCGGAUAGGCUGGUCUCAGACAUUAAUCUUCCCAUCUGAUAUUUUCGGGGAAAGAAAUAGUAUCAAUUCCCUUUCCAUUCUCCUCCUCACAAAUCUAGAAGCCCUCUUUACCAAGAGCAUCACAUUUUCCUCUGUAAUCCAUCGACUCAAAGAAAAUUGCAUUGUGGGGAUGGUGGAGGGGGCUGGGGGUGGGGGGUGGAGGGUAGGGAUGUCCUU